ACAGCCUGCAGGUGGAAAAUUCCCAGGACUGACCUACAGUACUAAAAAAAAAAAAAGAAGGGGAAAUAUCUCAGAUCUUAAUUUCAGAUUGUUAUACCCUCUGUGAGCUUGUGCACAGCUAACUCUAGUGUGCAAGAACUAUACAGGUCCAUCAUGUCUAAAAGUGGGAAGAAACUGACGCAAAAGCUGAAGAAGAACCUGCCGGUGACCGGCCCGCAAGCCCCGACGCUGUACGAGUUGAUGCAAUGGUACUGCCUCAAUACUAACACCCAUGGGUGCCGGAGGAUCGUGGUGUCUAAGGGAAGGCUGCGCAGGUGGAUCUGGAUUUCGCUGACACUGUGCGCCGUGGCGCUGAUCUUCUGGCAGUGCGCCCUGCUCCUCAUGUCCUACUAUAGCGUUAGCGCUUCCAUUACCGUCACCUUCCAGAAACUGGUCUACCCCGCAGUCACCAUCUGUAACCUGAACCCCUACAGUUACAGUAAAGUAAAAGAUCGAUUGGCCGCGCUCGAAAAGGAAACCAGCCAGACCCUUAAAAACAUUUAUGGGUUCACUGAGCCACUGAUCCGCAGUAAGCGUGAUGUGGGUGUCAAUGUGGAAAACUCUACCGAGGACAUAUUCCUCAAACAGAUCCCCUUAUAUCGACUGGAGAGUGUCAAAGGCAGCCAGCUGGUUGUAAGUGACCUUAAAACCAAAAAGAGGACUCGAAUGAGCGCCAAGGUCAUACACAGAGAUGCAGAGUCAGUGCAAGAUCCUGGCAACAUGGUCGGUUUCAAACUGUGCGACCCCAAGAACAGCUCCGAUUGCACCAUAUUCACCUUCAGCUCUGGAGUCAAUGCCAUCCAAGAGUGGUAUCGUCUGCACUAUACCAACAUCCUGGCUAAGAUCUCCAUGGAAGACAAGAUUGCUAUGGGCUACAAAGCUGAUGAGUUGAUUGUCACUUGCUUUUUCGAUGGCCUGUCCUGUGACGCUCGGAACUUCACUCUUUUCCAUCACCCCUUGUACGGAAACUGCUAUACCUUCAACAGUGCAGAGAGGGGAAAUUUACUUGUUUCUUCCAUGGGCGGAGCAGAAUAUGGGCUCAAAGUUGUCCUCUACAUUGACGAAGAUGAAUACAACCCCUACUUGUCCACAGCAGCAGGAGCCAAGAUAUUGGUUCAUGACCAAGAUGAAUAUCCCUUUAUUGAAUAUUUGGGCACGGAACUUGAAACUGCUACAGAGACUUCAAUAGGGAUGCAACUGACUGAAUCUGCAAAGCUGAGCGACCCAUACAGUGACUGCACCAUGGAUGGGAGAGAUGUCUCAGUUGAAAACCUGUAUAAUAAAAAAUAUACUCUCCAGAUCUGCCUAAACUCCUGCUUUCAGAGAGAGAUGGUUCGUUCUUGUGGCUGUGCUCAUUAUGACCAACCCUUGCCCAAUGGUGCAAAGUAUUGCAACUACGAAGAGUAUCCUAGCUGGAUUUACUGCUAUUUCAAAGUGUAUAAACAAUUUGUGCAAGAGGAGCUUGGAUGCCAGAGUGCAUGCCGUGAGUCCUGCAGUUUCAAAGAAUGGACACUAACACGGAGUCUGGCUAAGUGGCCCUCUUUAAACUCAGAGGAAUGGAUGCUGCGAGUUCUGUCUUGGGAACUGGGAGAGAAACUAAACAAAAAUCUUACCAAGAACGACCUAGCAAAUCUUAAUAUAUUCUACCAGGACCUGAAUAGCAGAUCGAUAUCUGAAAGUCCUACAUACAAUAUUGUAACGCUGCUCUCAAACUUUGGAGGACAACUUGGCCUGUGGAUGAGCUGUUCUAUGAUCUGUGUGCUUGAGAUCAUUGAAGUUUUCUUCAUUGACUCAUUUUGGGUUGUCCUAAGGCAACGAUGGCGCAAUUGGUGGGAAAAUCGCAAAGAGAAUCAAGCAGAAGACACCCCUGAAAUCCCUGUACCAACCAUGACUGGGCAUGACAACCCACUCUGUGUUGAUAACCCCAUCUGUCUUGGGGAAGAGGAUCCCCCUACAUUUAAUUCUGCCCUUCAGCUUCCUCAAUCCCAGGAUUCUCAUGUCCCAAGAACUCCACCUCCAAAGUACAACACAUUACGGAUACAAUCUGCUUUCCAGUUGGAGACAAUAGACUCUGAUGAGGAUGUAGAAAGACUCUAAGUAUUCGCUUUGACUUCCAUGUAGAGAGAAGCUUCAAUCUCUACAUUAGGAACUCCUACUGCCUAGACACUUUACAAUAAUAAGUGUUGCACUCACUAUGCUCAGCAAGAAUUCAUCAAACUUAGAAUUCCUCAGAACAUUGCAGAGAGGGUCUUGCUGAUAUGGUAUCUUUUGGUGCUUGAAUACAAGUCUCUAAGGACUUGUUUAAGGUCCGUAUCCCUCAUAAUGUGCCACAACCUGACCGAAUUCAGAAGUCACCGGUUGUAACUGUAGCAUGGUCCUCUGACAAAUAUUUUAUAAUGGUCUGAUGUAAAUGUGUCUCUGUAGUCUUUCUCCUGUUCACAAAUAUUUUACCUUAAUCAUCGCAGUCAAGUGAAGGAUUUUUCAAAAGCUGUGCUUCACUAAAGGGUUCAGAAGCCCAUUGCUUACUACGUGACUCCUUCUCAUUGUCUGUGUGUUGAAAGACAUUUGUGCUGCACACAUAAUAGAAUACAAGUGACAACAUCUACAUGAAGAAUGGCUGGUACCUACAACUGCUUUAUUAAGACGGCCAUGUUCAACUUUCAAGAUCAGCAUGCAUGGCCAUCAAGUCCAUCACUUGACCUCUAUCCAGUCAUGAAGGCCGUGGACAAGUCUAGUAGACUGGAAUGUCACUGGAAACAUUUGGGACAUGAAUUUCCUGCAAAACAAACAAAAAAAAAGUCUCCUGUUUUAUACACGUGAGAAUACAUGCAAAGGAUUAGAUUUUAUAAGACAUACAGAUUUAUAUAUUAUAAAGACCUGUCUGUACUUGAUGUGAUCAUAUUUAAGAUGUUAUUGUGAAGAUUUUUGUAAUAAAAUAUUUUUCGAUUU